AUGUGCUUGAACGUGCCACUCAUCUUCGGCCACACGCCGCCGUCUACAGCGGCUUUGGGUCCUUGGUUUGUCGACACCAAGGGCAACUACAAGCUCCUCACUCGUGUCGGCAACUUGAUCUACACGGCUGGUCAUAUCCCAACGCCGGCAAACGGAGCGUUGAUCACGGGCAAGGUUGGCGUCGAUCUCACGACGGAACAAGCGUACGAUGCCGCGCACGUUGUCGCACUUGCGCUCCUCGCGACUUUGCAAAACGAAUUGGGUGACUUGAACAAGAUUAAGCAAAUCGUCAAGUUGACGGGGUUCGUCAACGCCGUCGAUGGCUUCGCUGCCCAACCCACCGAAACGGCGAAAACCUCUACUAACAAAUACUCAUUUUGGCAGAAUCGUAACCGAUGA